AUGGGUGGUUGUAGACUUUUCCUGCGUGCGGCAGCGGCGGCGCGUGCCUGCCGGCUUCGGGCGGCGGUCACGGCCAGCCAGCGCCCGUUGCGCACCAGCCCGCUGAGCCGAACUUUCGCGAAGGAGCUCUUCCUAGGCACAAUCGAGAAGAAAGAAGUUUUCCCAUUUCCAGAAGUUAGUCAAGAGGAACUUAAUGAAAUUAAUCAGUUUGUGGGACCAGUUGAAAAAUUCUUUACUGAAGAGGUGGACUCUCGAAAAAUUGACCUGGAGGGAAAAAUACCCAAUGAAACUUUAGAGAAAUUGAAGAGACUAGGGCUUUUUGGAAUACAGGUCCCGGAAGAAUAUGGUGGCCUGGGCCUCUCCAACACCAUGUAUGCACGGUUAGGGGAAAUCAUUGCCCUGGAUGCGUCUAUUGCUGUGACCCUGGCAGCACACCAGGCUAUAGGCCUCAAGGGGAUCAUCAUGACAGGCAAUGAGGAACAGAAGACCAAAUACUUGCCCAGACUGGCAUCGGGGGAGCAUAUUGCAGCCUUCUGCCUUACAGAGCCAGCCAGUGGGAGUGAUGCUGCAUCUAUCCAGACUAGAGCCACGUUAAGUGAAGAUAAGAAGCACUAUAUCCUCAACGGCUCCAAGAUCUGGAUCACCAAUGGAGGACUGGCUGAUAUUUUUACCGUGUUUGCAAAGACACAGAUUGUUGAUUCCAACAGUUUGAUAAAAGACAAAAUCACAGCAUUCAUAGUAGAAAGAAACUUUGGUGGAGUCACUAACGGGAAACCUGAGGAUAAGCUAGGCAUUCGUGGCUCUAACACUUGUGAAGUCCAUUUUGAAAACACCAAGGUGCCCAUUGAAAAUGUCCUUGGAGAAGUAGGAGGUGGAUUUAAGGUGGCCAUGAACAUUCUCAACAGUGGGCGCUUCAGCAUGGGCAGCAUUGUAGCCGGCAUGCUCAAGAAAGUGAUUGAAAUGACUGCUGAAUAUGCCUGCACAAGGAAACAGUUCAACAAGAAUCUCAGUGAAUUUGGAUUAAUUCAGGAGAAGUUUGCCUUGAUGGCUCAGAAGGCUUAUGUAAUGGAAAGUAUGGCCUACCUCACUGCGGGGCUGCUGGACCGGCCAGGGCUUCCCGACUGCUCCGUUGAGGCUGCUGCAGUGAAGGUAUUCAGCUCAGAGGCUGCCUGGCAGUGUGUGAGUGAGGCGCUACAGAUCGUUGGAGGCUUGGGCUACGUGAGAGACUACCCUUAUGAGCGACUGCUCCGCGACUCCCGCAUCCUCCUCAUCUUUGAGGGAACCAAUGAGAUUCUUCGGAUGUACAUCGCCCUGACAGGUCUGCAGCAUGCUGGCCGCAUUCUGACUGCAAAGAUUAAUGAGCUUAAACAGGGAAAUGUGAGCACGAUUGUGGAGACUGUUGGCCGGAGGGUUCGGGAUGUCCUGAGCCAUACUGUGGAUCUCGGGCUGACUGGCAAGUUGGGCGUUGUGCAUCCCAGUCUUGAGGACAGUGCCAACAAGCUGGAGGAGAAUGUGUAUUACUUUGGCCGGACUGUUGAGACAUUGCUGCUCCGCUUUGGCAAGACCAUUGUGGAGGAACAGAUGGUGAUGAAGCGUGUGGCCAACAUCCUCAUCAAUCUAUAUGGCAUGACAGCUGUCCUGUCACGGGCCAGCCGCUCUAUUCGCAUUGGACUCCAAAACCACGACCAUGAGGUUCUGUUGGCCAACGUCUUCUGUGCAGAAGCUUAUUACCAGAACCUCUUCACCCUGUCUCAGCUGGAUAAGUAUUCUCCAGAAAAUCUGGAUGCACAGAUAAAGAAGGUGGCCCAGCAAGUCCUAGAGAAGCGAGCCUACUUGUGUGCUCACCCUCUGGAUAGGACAUCCUGA